AUGUCGUUUCUCCAAAACUUUCAUUUGAGUCCAGGUCAAACUAUUCGUUCCACGAGGGGUUUCAGAUGGAAUACCAAUGCCAAUAAGGAUGAUGAUAGUAUAAAAGGAUCUCCAAAACGUAGUAGAGAUGAUCGCGCCGGGUUGUUUCCUGCACAACCAAAUCCUCAUGGUUUAGAUACGCAAUUGUGGACUACACCAACAAGAGAUGCACAGCCCUUCUCAGAGAAUGAACUACCACUGCCGUUACAACAACAGCAAACGCUGCGUGAAAAUGGCGUCGUGACCGACUUUAACUAUACGCCUUCCCAUCAGAAGCCGUUCCUGCAGCCCACUGCAGGCACCACUGUUAGCUCACAUCAAGAUUUGAAGCAGAUCGUUGAGAUGACAUUGGGAUCCGAAGGUGUGCUUAAUCAAGCAGUCAAACUGCCAAGAGGUGAAGACGAGAAUGAAUGGAUGGCAGUUCAUUGCGUCGAUUUUUACAACCAGAUAAAUAUGCUUUAUGGAACUAUCACAGAGUUUUGCUCACCACAGAGCUGCCCAAGAAUGAUUGCCACUAACGAAUAUGAGUAUCUUUGGAGUUUCCAAAAGGGUCAAGCACCAGUGGCUGUAUCUGCGCCAAAAUAUGUCGAAUGUCUGAUGAGAUGGUGUCAGGAUCAGUUCGAUGACGAGAGUGUCUUUCCAGCUAAAAUGUCUGGGCAGUUCCCACCUAAGUUUAUCGAGAGAUAUGUGGUGCAAAUGCUGAGAAGGCUAUUCAGGGUAUACGCUCACAUAUAUUGCCAUCAUUUUAAUGAAGUACUUGAGCUCAACUUACAAACGGUACUUAACACAAGUUUUAGGCAUUUUUGUUUGUUUUCACAGGAAUUUGAAUUACUGAGGCCGGCAGAUUUUGGCCCACUCGUCGAAUUAGUCAUGGAAUUGAGAGAUAGGUGA